AGGGCAACUGGGCCGGUUCGGCACGCGGGACUGGGCCGCGCGAGGCCGGGGGCCUGGGGCCUGCGACCCCUACGCUUGGGAGUUCCCGUCGGUCCUCCCAGGGGCCCGGGGACCCGAGCCUGGGGAGGCCCGGGGGCGUCUGAGGAAACCGGGGCCCUGCUGGACAGGAACAGCAGAGAUGGACCUCAGGAGACUCGCCCAGCUCUUCUGCGGCCCCCGCGCCCUGGGGCUGUCCCUUCUGCAGCCCCUUGGCCCUGUCAGAGGCGGGGGGCAGUCGGUGUGGCUGAGGACUGCGCGGCUCACUCGCCUGGAGUUAGCCACUUGCUACAGCUCCCUCUCUCAGCUGCCCCUGGACCAGGGGAGGCAGAGGAACACGAGCAGCGCCCACUCUGGCCCGAGCCAGCCCAGCCCCACAGCCGCUCGGGAGGAAGAGGAGGAGGAACCCUUCGGGACCCUCUCCGACAACUUCUCCUCCAGAAGGAUGUUCCGCAAAUCCACAGCCCAGCUGUAUAACCUCCGGCUGCGGGAACAGAGCGCCGAGGACGAUGAGGACCUGGAGCCAAAAUCCUGGCAGGGCCGGAGGAACACUCCACGGUGGUACUUCUUCCGGUGCAAACACCUGAUCAGGGAAGGCAAGCUGGCAGAGGCCCUGGACCUGUUUGAGAGGCAGAUGCUGAGGGAGGAGCGACUCCAGCCCCUGGAGUGCAACUACACGGUGCUGAUCGGCGGCUGCGGCCGGGCCGGCUACCUGAAGAAAGCCUUCCGGCUCUACAACGACAUGAAGAAGCGCGACCUGGAGCCCUCGGAUGCCACGUACACGGCCUUGUUCAACGUCUGUGCCGAGUCCCCCUGGAAGGACUCCGCCCUGCAGAGCGCCCUGAAACUGCGGCAGCAGCUCCAGGCCAGGAACUUCCAGCUCAACCUGAAAACGUACCACGCCCUGCUGAAGGUGGCUGCCAAGUGCGCGGACCUCAGGAUGUGCCUGGAUGUGUUCAAGGAAAUCAUCCACAAGGGGCACACGGUCACAGAGGAGACCUUCAGUUUCCUGCUCAUGGGCUGCAUCCAGGACAAGAAGACGGGCUUCCGGUACGCUUUGCAGGUGUGGAGGCAGAUGCUGAGCCUGGGACUCAAGCCGAACCGGCACAGCUAUAACCUGCUGUUGGGGGCAGCCCGGGACUGCGGCCUGGGGGACCCAGAGGUGGCCUCUGAGCUGCUUCUAAGGCCCAGGGAGAAGGUCCUGCUGCAGCCCCCAGCAGGCAGCCAGCAGGCAAGGAAGAGAGCCAAGGCUGGGGCUGGUGACAACACGUUGGCCAAGCUGCAAGUCGAAGCCCUGGAGAGGCAGCUCUUUCUGGAAGCUCCUCGGGCACCUGGCGAGCGAACAGAGUCUCAGGAGGCCAGAGUGCCCAGUGAGGCCCAGCCUGAGGUGGACACCAGGGCAGAGCCCAACCACACGGUGGCCCUCAGCCCACUGGCACCACAGCUGCCUCCCUUGGAGCUGCAGGUCAACCUGCUGACCCCUGGGGACAUCCCUCCAACUGUGGUCUCCUUUGGGACGGUGACCACCCCAGGUCACAGGCUGGCCUUGAUGGGGGGCCUGGAGGGCUUCCUGGGCAAGAUGGUGGAGCAUGGGCUGCAGCCCGACAUCAAGACCCUCACACUGCUGGCCGAGGUGGCAGAGCCUGGGAGCCCUGCGGACUCCGCACUGCUGACCGUCCUGGACAGAUACCACGUGGAGCCCGACGUGACAUUCUUCAACACACUGAUGAGGAAGAAAAGCAAGCUGGGAGACCUGGAAGGGGCAAAGGCGCUGUUGCCAGUCCUAGCAAAGAGGGGACUCGUCCCCAACUUACAGACAUUCUGCAACCUGGCCAUCGGGUGCCACCGGCCCAAGGACGGUCUGCAGCUGCUUGUAGACAUGAAGAAGUGCCAGGUGACUCCCAACACCCACAUCUACAGCGCCCUCAUCAACGCGGCCCUCAAGAAGCUGGACUACAGCUACCUCAUCAGCAUCCUGAAGGACAUGCGGCAGAGCGCAGUGCCCGUGAACGAGGUGGUCAUCCGCCAGCUGGAGUUUGCAGCCCAGUACCCACCCUCCUUCGACCGGUACAAGGGGAAGAACACCUACCUGGAGAAGAUCGACGGCUUCCGGGCCUACUACAAGCAGUGGCUAAAAGGGAUGCCGGCAGAGGAAACCCCCCACCCUUGGCAGCAGUUUGAGAUCAAACCCAAGGGGCACCAAGACGAUGCCACAGAGGCUGACGCGAACCGAGGCUCUGGGGCCAGUGAGGAGGGAGUGCCCAGGGGUCCCCUCCCUACUGAAGACAAGUGAGCAGGGCUGUGGCCUCCCGCAUGCAGCACGUUCAGGCGCUGGUAGGAAGACACGUGCUGGGCCCGGAUGUCGAGCUCACAAGAGCAGCUCAGCCACCGUCCCACGUCACCUCGGGCCACUCGCUGUGGCUCAUGAGCAAAGUGCACUUGCUUGGGCUCACACGGCACCUACAAGGG